GAAUUGGUGCUCAUUGGCCGCCCCGGCGAUCUCCAGGGUUGUGGGAAGACACUCUGUCGCCUCUGACUCCUGGCUCCGCCUCGGGUCGCUUGAUCGGCGAGUUUGCGGGUCAGUGAAUCGGGGCGAGCAACUUCGACCUCGCUAUGGCGCCCCUGCUGCAGCUUCUGUGGCUGCUGACGCUGCUCCCGAUUGUGGCCCUGAGUCCAGUCUCCGCCAAGCCCUGGGUGGAUGACGAGCAGGCCUGGAACUUGUCAUCCCAGGAGCUGCUGGCGCCUGCCCGAUUCGCGCUGGAGAUGUACAAUUACGGCCGUGCUGCGGGGACAAGGGCCGUGCUAGGGGCCGUGCGCGGGCGCGUCCUCCGGGCGGGCCGGGGCUCUCUUUUCUCCCUGGAAGCCACACUAGAGGAGCCAACUUGCAAUGAUCCCCAGGUGUGCCUGCUGCCUGAGCCAAAGAAAACAGUGCUCUGCAGUUUUGAAGUCCUGGAAGAGCUAAAAGAACACCUGCUGCUGAGGAGGGACUGUAGCCCAGUGAAUGGCAAGGUUACAGAGUACAGAAAUGAGACCUCCUUCCACUCAUUCCUUCCGUUGUUAGACAAGGAUCCCCUGCCCCAGGACUUUUCUGUGAAGAUGGCCCCACUUUUCAAGGAUUUCAUGACCACCUAUAACCGGACUUACGAAUCAAGGGAAGAAGCCCAGUGGCGCUUGACUGUCUUUGCCAGAAAUAUGAUACGGGCACAGAAGAUUCAGGCCCUGGACCGUGGCACAGCUCAGUAUGGGAUCACCAAGUUCAGUGACCUCACAGAGGAGGAAUUCCACGCCCUCUACUUGAAUCCCCUCUUACAAAAGGAGGCUGGAGGGAAGAUGAGUCUAGCCAAGCCCAUAAAUGAUCCCGCCCCACCUGAAUGGGACUGGAGGAAGAAAGGAGCUGUCACUGAAGUGAAGGACCAGGGCAUGUGUGGCUCCUGCUGGGCCUUCUCUGUCACAGGCAACGUGGAGGGCCAAUGGUUCCUGAACCGGGGGACUCUGCUCUCCCUGUCAGAGCAGGAGCUCUUGGAUUGUGACAAGGUGGACAAGGCCUGCAUGGGUGGAUUGCCCUCCAAUGCCUACACAGCCAUAAAGAACUUGGGAGGGCUGGAGACAGAGGAUGACUACGGCUACCAGGGUCAUGUUCAGACCUGUAACUUCUCAGCACAGAUGGCAAAAGUCUACAUCAAUGAUUCAGUGGAGCUGAGCCGGAAUGAGAAUAAGAUAGCAGCCUGGCUGGCCCAGAAAGGACCAAUCUCAGUUGCCAUUAACGCCUUUGGCAUGCAGUUCUAUCGCCACGGGAUCGCUCACCCAUUCCGGCCCCUCUGCAGCCCUUGGUUCAUCGACCAUGCCGUGUUGCUGGUGGGCUAUGGCAACCGUUCCAACAUUCCUUACUGGGCCAUCAAGAACAGCUGGGGCAGUGACUGGGGUGAGGAGGGUUACUACUAUUUAUAUCGUGGGUCCGGGGCCUGUGGUGUGAAUACCAUGGCCAGUUCAGCAGUGGUGAACUGAGAGACUUGCUGGCUCAGGACCUGAUGUUGACCACAGUGGUCCCUUCCUUAGCCUGACUCAUGCUCAGGCCCUUCCUCAAGAGACAGAGCUGGUUGAGGGACAGGCACUUUGUGCCUCAAGGUGAGCAGUGGGCCCUGGGCCCCUUCUUCCCUCCUUCCUCUCAUGCUCACCUGAAGUUUCCCAGCUGUGUCUUUGUGGAUUGUGGUAGCCAAGAGGAUCCUGGGGUGCAGGAGGCUUUCAUGGAAGCCAGCGCUGGGACAAGAACCUUGAACUACAGUAUGAUGCAGGAUGAAUAUACUCAUCAUAAAACUAGAUUUGUCCUCAGCAGGCUCUGUCUUUCUGCUUUGGUGUUCCUCAGUCUGAUGCUGUAAAUUUUCGGGUCCCUUUCCACAUCCAAGAUAGUCAUAACCAGCCUUCUCUAAGAGCAAUAAAGAGGUAGCCUGCUC